UUUAGUCUACUAUUGUGGUUCUUUACAGCUCGUCAUCCGUCUCCGUGAGCUCGCCCGCGCGCCAGACACGCCGUACCGUUUACUCCGUAUAACAUCCGCAAAUUCCGUUACGUAAACUCCGUUAAAUCCGUAGAUUCCUUCAAUUUGUUAGACCACAAGCGGAAAUCACCCUCGGAAAAACUUAUCUUGGCUGCGCUAGACAAGCUGUUUCAUAUGUUUUUCGACCUAACAGAGCAAUAAAAACUCCUCGUUAACACCAAAAAUUCCGUAAAAUCCGUAAGUUCCGCCAGUUUCAUCAGGUUCGUAAAUUUCGCUCGAUACGCAAAAUUACAUCGAAAAUUCCUUUCCUCAAAACGCGCAGGAACAAAUCCUCACCUCCAGUGGCUUGAAUUUUGGAUUCGAAUACCACCACAGGGAAGAAUUUCGGUGGAAUUGUGAAGAAAUUACACCUCGAUUUUGAGGAUGGUCGCAUUUUACGUAAGAAAUAUCCAAUGUUCUUCCAAUCCUAUACGAAACAGCAGCGCUAACUUACAAUUGUAAGAAAUAAAAAUAAAGCCACUGGUCAGCAACUGCGAACAGUAAUGAGGUAUCUCCAAUAGAGCUGUGGUUUUGAAUACCAUCACCGCGAAUUUCAUUUCUAAAAACUUAGGACGAAUACACGGUGCAUUUUACGUCGGAAUUUUUAAAAAAAAUUGCAUACUUUCCACCAAAAACCAACACUUAUCUAUUGCUUUACAGCACUUAAAUCUCCGACGGAAUAAAAACCGGCUUUGUACAUUAGGCGAUGCUUGAAUCUUGCAGUCGUUUUUUGAAACCCUCUUGACUACACGCAGAAUUUUUUAGAAUCCAUAUCAUGGGUCUCUUUAGAGGUUUUAAUACCAGAGAAACAGCAGGAAGCAACCCACGGGUUAGGUUAAGCGAAAGUCAACGCUUUCCAGCGAUCAAAAUGCAUACCCUAACUAUAGCUCGGCUGUAGUGAAAAAAGGCCGGCUUACAAGUUGCCAAGACAUUGCUGCCAACAAACACGCCAAAAAGUCUUCCAAACGGGCCCCAUGGCUGCCUGGUGAGUUGCCAAAACCAUGAACGUCGCCGAUGGCCCAUUCAUUUUUCGAAUCAACGACAAUGGAGGCGGUCCCAACUUACUUCUGCAGGUUUGCCAAGAAAGAGGCUGGCGAGAGUACAAUGACAAUGGAUUGUUCAAAGAUAACUGGAAUCUUUGGUGGCGAACGAACGGAUUUCCUGCUUCCCACUAUAGGCAACUCAAGAAGUGGCAGUUCACAAAUCACAUACCGAAAGGCUCUGCCAUUUGCAGAAAAGAUAAUCUGACGAGGUGUUUGAAAUGUAUGAAGAAAGUCUUCGGGACUAUUUUUGCAUUCAGCCCUGCCGCUUACAACCUGCCACUAGAUUAUACAAAAUUGGUCAGCGAAUAUAGCAGACAAAAAAAUGGCGAACAAUCUGAGGACGUAUGGAUUUGUAAGCCAGUGGGUCUUAGCCAAGGUCGCGGAAUCACUCUCUUUAAAAAGUUGAGUGAGUUGGUGUACGACUCGCACGCGGUGGUGCAGAAAUAUAUCAAGAACCCGUUGCUCAUUGGUGGUUACAAGUUCGACCUGCGGCUCUACGUGUGCGUCCCCUCAUUUCACCCACUCACAGUCUACAUCUACAGGGAAGGGCUCGCCCGAUUCGCCACCGAGAAGUUCUCGCUGGCCCACCUGGAUAACUUGUUCGCGCAUCUCACCAACUGCUCGCUCAACAAACUCGGCCCGGGCUACUGCGAGACUAAGGAUAGAGUCGGCCACGGGUGUAAGUGGAAUCUGAAACAGCUUCGACAUUACUUUCAUCAAGCGUUCAUUCCAGACUGGCUAAUUUGGCAGAGGAUAUCAGCGUUAAUCGUCCUUACCAUUGUUAGCCAAAUUAAUGGGGUCCCGAGCACGAAUAAUUGUUUCGAAUUCUACGGUUUUGAUAUCCUCCUGGACUCAAAUUUAAACCCUUGGCUUCUGGAGGUUAACCUAAGCCCAGCCCUAGGCAACGACUGUGAUGUGGAUCCAGCCGUGAAGAAACCAAUGCUCCACGACUUGUUCGACCUCCUCGGGCUGCCGGUCUGCAACACGGGUCUGUCCCUUUUCACCCUCUGGUCGGAGGACGCCAUCCGACGGGAGAGUUUAAAGACGUGGAAGAGCGUCGAUGACGAGGAACCUUGCAACCAGACCGAUGAUGAAUCCUAUGCCAGUACUGAACCUCAGGUCCAUUCGGCACGUGAUGAUCCGCGACCGCGGACGGCGGUGAACGUUGUGACUGUGGCGAAAAAAUGGCGGAAACGGCAACAGUGCAAGGAGAAACACCGGACUGUGAAGAAAAAUUGCUCCGGGGUGAAUAGUGUAGGCGUUUGUCAGAAGGACAUCAAUGACAACGAGAUGGACAAACCAACACCGCCCAGAACAUCGCCAAACCCGGCCAACAUCGCCAAUGACAGAGAGGCCGGUCAGACCCGAAAGACCAGACUAAAAACUAGACAGAUCCGCACAAAAGCGAACCUACCAGCAAUCACCGUGGGCGAAGACUACCCGGACAGCACGACGAGCCGGGCGACCUGCAGCGAGGACAACGUGCGGGUCCAACCGCGACGAACCUUCAACUACGGGCAGAAGAAGGGCUCCAUGUCGGACCUCUGGGUGUGGGGCAACGGGCGGGACUGGUCCUGCCCCAAGGCCAAGGAGGGCGACUGGGUGAGGGCCUACCCGCACUCCCCGAGGGACGCCCGCCGCCCCGACCUCCGGGACACCAACGCCGGGAGCCUCUUCUUCAACGACCGCGAGAUCCGGCCUGUCGUCACCGCCGUCGGCAGGUACCUCAAGGUCGCCAAGGAGGUCUUCGCCAAGAACCAGCACAUGUCCGACGAGGUCCUCAAUAAUAUGUUGCUGAAUAAUUUAGGGAUUCAUGGCGACGUCUGGCUGCCGCCCUCCUGAAUAGUUCAUCAUGUCUUCAGAUCCUUCUUUUAGGAAUUCUAAGUGAUCAAGCAUAGGUGGAUCCUAGAGUACCUAUAUUAAGAGAGUAUGACCACUGGGCCCCAUGGAGAGGCUUAGGACCCAAAA